AUGCCCCCCGGGGUUGACUGCCCCAUGGAAUUCUGGACCAAGGAGGAGAAUCAGAGCGUGGCCGUUGAUUUCUUGCUGCCCACGGGGGUCUAUCUGAACUUCCCUGUGUCCCGAAAUGCCAACCUCAGCACCAUCAAGAAGCCCUUCCUGCCCGUCCUGCGCCUGGUGGCCCGCGAGGGUGACCGCGUGAAAAAGCUCAUCAACUCGCAGAUCAGCUUGCUCAUCGGCAAAGGCCUCCACGAGUUUGACUCCUUGCAAGACCCGGAGGUGAAUGAAUUCCGAGCCAAGAUGUGCCAGUUCUGCGAGGAGGUGGCCGCGCACCGGCAGCAGCUGGGCUGGGAGGCCUGGCUGCAGUACAGCUUCCCCCUGCAGCUGGAGCCCUCGGCGCGGAGCUGGGGGCCGGGCACCCUGCGCGUCCCCAACCGGGCCCUGCUCGUCAACGUCAAGUUCGAGGGCAGCGAGGAGAGCUUCACCUUCCAGGUGUCCACCAAGGAUGUGCCCCUGGCACUGAUGGCCUGUGCGCUCCGGAAGAGGGCCACGGUGUUCCGGCAGCCGCUGGUAGAGCAGCCCGAGGGCUACACGCUGCGGGUGAACGGGAAGCAGGAGUACCUGUACGGCAGCCACCCCCUCUGCCAGUUCCAGUACAUCUGCAGCUGCCUGCACAGCGGGCUGACCCCCCACCUGACCAUGGUGCACUCCUCUUCCAUCCUCGCCAUGCGGGACGAGCAGAGCAACCCCGCCCCCCAAGCCCAAAAGCCACGCGCCAGGCCGCCCCCCGUUCCUCUGAAGAAGCCCGCCUCGGUGUCCCUGUGGUCCCUGGAGCAGCCUUUCUGCAUUGAGCUGAUCCAGGGCAGCAAAGUGAAUGCCGAUGAGCGGAUGAAGCUGGUGGUGCAGGCCGGCCUCUUCCACGGCAACGAGACGCUGUGCAAGACGGUGUCCAGCUCGGAGGUGAGCGUGUGCUCGGAGCCUGUGUGGAAGCAGCGGCUGGAGUUCGACAUCAACGUCUGCGACUUACCGCGCAUGGCCCGCCUCUGCUUCGCGCUCUACGCCGUGAUCGAGAAGGCCAAGAAGGCUCGCUCCACCAAGAAGAAAUCCAAGAAGGCGGACUGCCCCAUCGCCUGGGCCAACCUCAUGCUGUUUGAUUACAAGAACCAGCUCAAGACUGGCGAGCGCUGCCUCUACAUGUGGCCCUCUGUCCCAGACGAGAAAGGGGAGCUACUGAACCCCUGUGGGACCGUGCGGAGUAACCCCAACACUGAGAGCGCAGCUGCCCUGGUCAUCUUUCUCCCUGAGGUGGCCCCCCACCCUGUAUACUACCCUGCCCUGGACAAGAUCCUAGAGCUGGGGCGGCAUGGGGAGCACGGGCGCUUCACGGAGGAGGAGCAGCUGCAGCUGCGGGAGAUCCUGGAGCGCCGGGGGUCCGGGGAGCUAUACGAGCACGAGAAGGACCUGGUGUGGAAGAUGCGGCACGAGAUCCAGGAGCACUUCCCCGAGGCGCUGGCCCGGUUGCUGCUGGUCACCAAGUGGAACAAGCACGAGGACGUGGCCCAGAUGCUCUACCUGCUGUGCUCCUGGCCCGAGCUGCCCAUCCUGAGCGCCCUGGAGCUGCUGGACUUUAGCUUCCCUGACCGCCACGUGGGCUCCUUUGCCAUCAAGUCCCUGCGGAAACUGACGGACGACGAGCUUUUCCAGUACCUGCUGCAGCUGGUGCAGGUGCUCAAGUACGAGUCCUACCUCGACUACGCCUAGAGCCCGUGCUCCGCCACAAGANNCCUGCUGGACCGGGCCCUGGCCAAUCGCAAGAUCGGCCACUUCCUCUUCUGGCACCUGCGCUCCGAGAUGCAUGUGCCCUCGGUGGCCCUGCGCUUUGGCCUCAUCAUGGAGGCCUACUGCAGGGGCAGCACCCAUCACAUGAAGGUGCUGAUGAAGCAGGGGGAAGCGCUGAGCAAGCUGAAAGCCCUGAACGAUGUCGUCAAAGUGAGCUCCCAGAAGACCACCAAGCCCCAGACCAAGGAGCUGAUGCAUCUGUGCAUGCGCCAGGAGACCUACCUGGAGGCCCUCUCCCACCUGCAGUCCCCGCUCGACCCCAGCACCCUGCUGGCUGAAGUCUGCGUGGAGCAGUGCACCUUCAUGGACUCCAAGAUGAAGCCCCUGUGGGUCAUGUACAGCAAUGAGGAAGCGGGCAGCGAUGGCACCGUGGGCAUCAUCUUUAAGAACGGGGAUGACCUCCGCCAGGACAUGCUGACCCUGCAGAUGAUCCAGCUGAUGGAUGUUCUGUGGAAGCAGGAGGGCUUGGACCUGAGGAUGACCCCUUACGGCUGCCUCUCCACCGGGGACCACACAGGCCUCAUCGAGGUGGUGCUUCACUCAGACACCAUCGCCAACAUCCAGCUGAACAAGAGCAACAUGGCGGCCACGGCGGCCUUCAACAAGGAUGCUCUGCUCAACUGGCUCAAGUCCAAGAACCCUGGGGACGCCCUGGAUCGAGCCAUUGAGGAGUUCACCCUCUCCUGCGCUGGCUACUGUGUGGCCACAUACGUGCUGGGCAUCGGCGAUCGGCACAGCGACAACAUCAUGAUCCGAGAAAACGGGCAGCUGUUCCACAUUGAUUUCGGCCACUUUCUGGGGAAUUUCAAGACCAAGUUUGGAAUCAACCGUGAGCGAGUCCCAUUCAUCCUCACCUAUGACUUUGUGCACGUGAUCCAGCAGGGGAAGACAAAUAAUAGUGAGAAAUUUGAAAGAUUCCGGGGCUACUGUGAGAGGGCCUACACCAUCCUGCGGCGCCACGGGCUGCUCUUUCUCCACCUCUUUGCCUUGAUGCGGGCGGCAGGCCUGCCCGAGCUCAGCUGCUCCAAAGACAUCCAGUACCUCAAGGAUUCUCUGGCAUUGGGGAAGACGGAGGAGGAGGCUCUAAAGCACUUCCGGGUGAAGUUUAACGAAGCCCUCCGGGAGAGCUGGAAAACCAAAGUGAACUGGCUGGCCCACAACGUGUCCAAAGAUAACAGGCAAUAG